CAAACACCGCCAUUCUCACCUCAACGCUUAUUUUCUGCUUUUUGUUCCCAUCAGCCAUGGCUGCUGCUUUACUGCUUUCAGUGCUCUUUCUUGCCAUGACUGGCCACUCAAGUGCCACAUGGUGUGUGUGCAAAGAUGGUGUGGGUGAAGCGAACUUGCAGAAGGCACUGGAUUAUGCUUGUGGAAACGGUGCGGACUGCAACCCGAUCCAUUCAAAUGGACCCUGCUUUAACCCCAGCACUGUUAAAGCACAUUGCAGUUAUGCCGUCAACAGCUAUUUCCAAAGAAAAGGCCAAGCUCAAGGCUCCUGUGAUUUUGCUGGCACUGCUGCUGUUUCUUCAACUGACCCUAGCUCUGCUGGCUGUUCUUACCCCUCCAGCGCCAGUGCCAGUAGCACCGGCACCUCCACAACACCAACAACUCCGGUUACAACGACAAAUCCAUCAACCACCGCACCCACAAACAUGAAUCCGGGCACAAAUACCCAAACAGGCACAACACCAUACGGCUCAACAACGCCGACAGGAGUGUUAGGGGGAGUCGGCACCGGCUUAGGCCCAUCCGGAACCAGCACGACCAACACGGAUUACAGCCACGGAGGGCUCCGGCUUCAAGCCAUUUCUUCCCUCACAACCUUCGUGUUUUCAGGCUUGAUGCUGUUGUGGGGUUGACUGACAGCAAAAAAAACCUAUGUGAUGUUUAUCGAAGGACAUGUUAAGGCUAUCUAAGUUUUUU